UAUUUCCAUCCGAGCUCACACCGCCCGCCUCCGCGCGCGCUCUCUCUCUCUCUCUGUCUCUCUCUGACUCUCUCUCUGUCCAUCUCAGCGCGUCAGGGCCGCAGCUCCCAUGCGCUCUUUAGUUCCUUUAAACGUCCUCGCUCUCUCUUUUGGAUAAAUGGAGACAACUUGAGGCUCUUGGAUUUAUGGUGAAACAACCGGUUUAGUGAUCAAAACAACAACAACAACAAAAAAAACCCACAACAAAACUACAAAAACAAACAGGCUACCACGCCUCGGAGUUUGAGUCCCUUUCCACUCUUCGGACUAUCCGCGGCUCCCCAGGGUGUAAGUGAUGGAAAACGGUGCAUCUGAUGAUGUGGAGGCGCUGUGGGAGAAGGUGGAGUGUAAGCGUUAUGAACUGUGUCGGACCAUCUCCCCGGCAAAGCUCACUCCUUACCUUCGCCAGUGCAAAGUCCUGGAUGAACAGGACGAGGAUGAGAUUCUUAACUCUAUGCUGCUGGUCUCCAAAGCAAAUCGCACAAGCCGCCUACUUGACAUCCUCCACACUAAAGGAGAGCGGGGGUAUGUCGCGUUUCUGGAGAGUCUUGAGUUUUACUACCCUGACCUGUACAAGCUGGUCACAGGGAAGGAUCCCACUCGACGCUUCUCCACCAUCGUAGUGGAGGAGGGUCACGAGGGUCUGACCCAGUUCCUGAUGAACGAAGUCAUGAAGCUGCAGCAGCAGUCUAAAGUCAAGACCCUGCAGCACGUUGAGCUCAGCAGGAAGAACUGCACCCUGGAGGACGAGCAGAAGAAGCUACGGCUGGCCAAUCAGGAGCUUCAGGCCUUCCAACAGAGGUACAAUAAGUUAAGAGAAGAGAGAAACACCUACAGCGAUGAGCUGCUGAGAGUGAAGGAUGAAAACUACAAACUGGCCAUGAGGUACGCGGCGCUGAGUGAGGAGAAAAACAUGGCUGUGAUGAGGAGCCGGGACUUGCAACUAGAGAUUGAUCAGCUGAAGCACCGGCUGAACAAGGUGGAGGAGGAGUGUAAGAUGGAGAGGCGGCAGAGUCUCAAGCUGAAGAAUGACAUUGAGAACCGGCCAAAGAGAGAGCAGAUAUUUGAACUGGAAAGAGAAAACGAAAUGCUCAAGAUCAAACUACAGGAUCUGCAGUCCAUCAUACAGCCUGGACCCCUACCUGCAUCAGACAAGGCCAUCCUUGACAUUUUGGAACAUGACAGACAGGAAGCACUGGAAGAUAGACAGGAUCUGGUCAACCGCCUCUACAACCUCCGUGAAGAAGUCAGACAAGCAGAGGAACUACGAGAUAAGUACCUGGAGGAGAAAGAGGAUCUCGAGCUGAAGUCCUCCACACUGCAGAAGGACUGUGAGAUGUAUCGCAACCGAAUGGACACCAUCACCAUACAGCUAGAUGAGGUGGAGAAGGAGAGGGAUCAGGCGUUUCGAGCCAGAGACGAGGCCCAGCACCAAUUCUCCCAGAGUCUCAUUGACAAAGACAAAUAUCGCAAGCAGAUCAGAGAGCUGGAGGAGAGGAGUGAUGAACUGCAAAUUGAGAUUGUACGCAAAGAAGCCAAGCUAGUCACAUUGGAGUCUCGCCUAAGACGGGUGUCCAAGGACGUUGUGUUGGACCAGAGUCUGCCGAGGGACCUGCCUCCGACCAUUAUCUCUCAGGGGGCGGAGAUCAAAUCAGAAUGGUCAAGCGAUGAGUCGCCAGAGGAUAAGUUUUUAUCUGAGGAGCCUCGCCUCAAACGCAGACCUAAUCUCAAAGCAGGGAUCAGAGUUAAGUCUCCUGUCUGUGUAGCCAAAGACCUUCAAGUCAACUCAGAAGCAACUCAACCUGCAGCUCUGUCAGUCAACGGAGGAGAUUGUCUGGAAAUCCAAAUGCCAAACUCGCAUGUCAAAAGCCACUCUCUCCCUGCCUCCCCCAGCAUCCCGAUAUCCCCCACAUAUCCACUCUACUCAGCCCCCCAACUCUCGUACCCCUUCUCCCCAUCCCCCUCCCCCCUCCCCUUAGGGGAACAGUCCAGCAGGCCAAAUAUGCUGCGUUACCGUAACGACAGCAUCCUGUCUACGCUCCCCGAGCCGCCAGAGAAAGCAUCACUUUACCGCAGAGAGAGGGAGAAGGAGCAUGACUUCGUACCCCGCAGCCCCUUGGACUUUGAUAGUGACAACAUGGAGUUUGAGGACGAAGUAAAUUGUGGUCCACCUUCAGUCCACUCAUCCUCCUCGUCCCAUCAGUCCGAAGGAAUGGACACCUACGACCUGGAGCAGGUCAACAAUAUCUUCAGGAAGCUCUCUCUGGAGAGGCCGUUCCGUCCGUCUCUGUCCUCCUUCUCUAGGAUCAGCUCUUCCCUGAAGCCGGUGCAGGAGCUGUCAUUGCUAGGUGACAACCUACUGAAGGAGAUCACUCUGAUUGGUGGCAACGACAGCGGGAUUUUCAUCUCAUCCGUACAGUCGGGCUCCAACGCUGAGAAGGCGGGGCUACGAGAGGGCCACCACCUCCUGUUGCUUGAAGGAUGCGUACGUGGGGAGAACCAAAGCAUUUCAUUGGAUACCAGCACUCAGGAAGAAGCCCACUGGAUGCUGCAGCACUGCUCUGGACCAGUCAAGCUGCACUAUCGUGCCAACUAUGACUCUCUCCGUCGUCUUCAGAGGGAUCUAGCGGAUGGCUCACUGGCUUCUGGUGACUCCUUCUACAUACGGGUCAAUCUCAAUAUCUCCAGCCAAUCAGACAACUGCACUCUGAGUGUGCACUGUGAUGAGGUGGUGCACGUGCUGGACACCAGGCACCAGAGCCGCUGUGAGUGGCUCUGUUCUCGUGUCGACCCCUACACCGGCUCCGACCUGCCCGACCGUGGCACCAUACCCAGCAACUCACGGGCCCAGCAGCUGCUCUUGGUAAAAAUUCAGAAGUUAGUGUGUCGAGGGGGGAAAGAAGAGAAUGAAAUCCAUCGCAACAGCAGGAACAAUUUACAGCCGGAAGAAGGCAGCCCCUCUCCUGAUCCUAAAGCCAGCCCACGCAUGUCUAGAGCCAGCAUCUUCCUCACUCAGAUACUACAGUUUGUCAGCAGGGUGGAUAUCAAGUACAAGCGAAUGAACAGCAGUGAACGCGUGAGGAUCAUCAACUCAGCAAGCACAACACUACCCAGACAAAGUUUUGAGAUGCUUAGACCAGAAGACGCUGCUGACCCAGACAGUGAGCUGAGCAGGAGUUUGAGCCUGAUUCCCUACAGUCCCGUCACGCCCCAGCGGACCCAGAGGAGAAGACCAGUCCUCUUCACUCCCACUGCUCUAGCCAAAACCAUUAUCCAGAAAAUACUCAACAUGGGGGGAGCCAUGGACUUUAAUAUCUGCAAUUCAGACAUCCUGUCCAAAGAAGAGUUUCAUCUGAAACAGAAUGUGGAGCCCUUCAUUCACUACAAAGAGAAACAUGCCACAUUUGAAUGCAUCACCCGAGAAAACAUAGAGGCUGUCGCUGCUAAGGGCAAGCACUGCCUGCUGGAGGCUGAGCUGAGCUGCAUCAAAGACCUUCUGCGGAGAGAAAUCUACCCAAUCAUCAUCUAUGUCAAGAUCUGUGAGAAAAACAUCAAGAAGUUACGGAAGUUGCCUCUGCGCGUGGAGGAGGAUGAGUUUGUGAAGAUGUGUCGGGCAAAAGAGAAGGAGCUGGAGGGCAUUCCCUGCCUGUACGCCAGCCUGGAGCCUGAGUCCUGGACAGGGACAGACGACCUCUUGAAGGUCAUCAAAGACCGGAUACUGGAGGAGCAGAAGAAGAUGGUUUGGGUGGAGCAGGACCUCCUGUAGACACACACACAGAAAAACACAACGGUCUGUACAUGAAAAUGAACACGUGUAGCUGAGCACCAUUAAAUAGACCUUGUAAAUUAUGCUUUCAUGCAUAUAUAUAUUUAUGCUCAGACAUAAAAAUGCACAUGUGGACACUUGCACUGUUCAUAGACUUACAAUUAAUGCAUUAUAUAUUUUGUAAAUGUGUGCCUUUCCUUUGAUUUAGAGAAAUAAACAAAUGGAAAACAU